AUGGUUGCUUCCGUCCAGUCCCAGAGCCGCCUGGGUUUUGCUGGAUUAGGGUCCAUGGGCCAUGGCAUGGCUAUGAACCUCCUCUCGGCUGGAUUUCAUGUGACAGGAUUCGAUCCAAGCUUGACUGCCAGAGAGAGAUUCAUUCGAGAAGGAGGUACAGUGGCCACAACUGUAGCUACACUUUGUAAAGACAUUGAGGCAUGCAUGGUAAUGGUGGCAAAUCCAAGCCAGGCUGAUGGAUUGUUAUUUGACCCCGACGGCAUAUGUGACACGAUUCCAAGGUCGAGCUUACUUUGUAUCUUUUCGACCUUGCCACCUUCUUAUUUACAGCAAUUACCUCAGCGUCUGGCUGCUGUCGGAAGAUCUGAUAUUCGUUUACUUGAUUGUCCUGUGUCUGGUGGCGUUAUUGGGGCCACUAAUGGAGCUUUAACAAUAAUCGUAGGUGGGAGCCAGGAUACAUUAGCCAGUUGCCAACAUGUAUUGGAGGCUGUUUCGGCGCCUCAGCGAAUAUUCCAUUGUGGCGAUCUCGGAAUGGGGAGCAUGAUGAAAAUGUUGAAUCAGCAUCUUGCUGGAGUUCACAUAGUUGCUGCCGCUGAAAUGUUAUCCUUUGCGAAGGUAAUGGGGUUGGAUGCGCGGGAGACAUAUCACCAGAUCUUAGACAGCCAAGCUUCUUCUUGGAUCUUCAAAGAUCGUGGGUUGCAUAUGCUAGAUCGAGAUUGGCCACCAGCAUCAGCAGUAGACAUAUUUGUCAAAGAUAUGGGAAUUGUGUGCGACUGGGCCGAUAAAACUUCGGUUCCUUGCCCGAUCGCUUCACAAGCACUUCUAUGUUUCACAGAAUGCAAGGCAAGAGGGCACGGGAGAAAGGACGACGCAUAUGUUAUUACCAUUUACGAAAAUAUUAUAGGAACACAAAUUACGGCCAGCAAUGGGACCUUAGCACCGGGCCGCAAUGGCAAGAACUCUUUAGGCCUUCCGAACGCGCAACUGGAUGAUGUGAUCAAAUAUGGCACACUGGUUCAUCUUGCCGCCACAGCCGAAUGCUGUCGCCUCGCGGAAACCGUUGGCUUAUCGCCCGAGGUUGUAUACGACUUGAUCUCAGGGGCUGCAGGUUCAAGUGCUCAGUUCCAAGACCAUUUUCCGAGCAUGGCAGAACGGGCGUUUACUUCCGACACGGGCGCGGUGGACAACAGCCCGUCAGGAUUUGACGAAUUCAAGUCACACAUGACGCGAAUCAAUCGGCUAAUGACAUCGUUCAACCUGCCUGGACGACUUUUCGAUGCCGCGUAUCAGAUUUUAAAAGGUGCUCACUCUAGAAGGAGAAGUGGAGAAACAUCAGUGGCUGCUAUUAUGCGUUUCUGGACAUAAUUCAUGGUUACACACAGUAAGGAUGAGCACAGGAACAAAUGUACUCCUUACAUGACUUUAUCCAGCCCACAGACUUCGAAGGAUGUUCGCUAUACAAACCGUUCGUCGCCCUGACUGACUCUGGCAGUCUUCAAUAAGAUACAAAAUAUGCUCCCUUUCAUAUUGACCAUCUGUGACUAAGCCUGCAACAUACAAGCACUGAGUUGAAAGGAGGCUCCAGGCUUCCCCUAUUCCAGAGUCGGCGGCAGCAACAACCUGCUGACGGUGAUGUUCGAUCUGGCGACGAACAUUCAGCGUAUGCAGGUUACUGAUCCCAAUUGUUGGCACUAAGGAAGGAGGCUCGUGUAACGCGAGCAAUAUAUGUGAUGCAUGAUACAUUUGAUGUGCAAUAG